AUGACCCCAGCCACGACAGCUGCCCAACAGCACCAAACCAAGGUCGCCUUGACCGGCAAGAUCAUCGCGGUCACGGGUGCGAACCGCGGCAUCGGCCUCGGCGUAGCAGAGUCCUGUCUUGACAACGACGCCGCUCUCGUCUACUCGAUCGACUACGCCGAACCCGGCGAGGAGUUUGCGGCCGCCCAAAAGAGAUGGCCGGGGAAGCUAAAGGCCAUUCAGGCCGACGUCACAAAGGAGUCCACCGUCACUGCUGCCGUUGAUCGCAUCGUUGAAGAAAGCGGUGCUUUGCACGGCAUGGUUGUCAAUGCGGGUCGUACAAACCACAAGGCUGCGUUGGAUUUCACCGAGGAGGAAAUCCACGCCCUUUUCAAUAUCAACCUCUUUGGUGCUUUUUACUGCGCUCGAGCCGCCGCUCGAGCUUACAUCAAGCUCGGUAUUAAGGGUGCCGUUGUUUUCACGGCCUCGAUGGCUUCCUACCGCCCCAACAAGCGCGUGCCUUCGGCUCCGUACGGUGCGACCAAGGCCGGUGUUCGAAACAUGACCCACACGCUCGCGAUGGAGUGGGCUAAAUAUGGCAUCCGUGUCAACUCGGUGUCUCCUGGUCUCGUUGAAACGGCCAUGACCUACUGGGUACCGCAGCAACCUGACUGGGAGCAGCAGCUCAAGUACUAUGGUGGCAUGCCGCGGCUGGCACAGAUCCAGGAGCUCGGCGGCGCAUACGUGUACCUGCUGAGUGAUGCCGCGAGCUAUACUACAUCGAUUGACAUUCCCGUCAACGGUGUUAUUGGAAUUUGCUAA